AUGUCCCGCAGCAGCAACAGCUACAACAGCGGUGCCCCCGGCGGCAGCCCCGUCUCGCCCGCCCGUCUCGAACGCCUCGAGCGCUUCGAGCGCCUCGAGCGCCGCCCGGAGAUGCUGGACAGCUCCGACGGCGGCCCCAACAACCUCAGGUUCGUCGGCUCACAGCCGCCCGUGCGGCCCGCUACGCGGCCCAGCCCGGGCCUCACUCGUAGCGCGCGUACGCUCAACCUCAUGCAGAUCCCGGCCAUCAACGACUACAUGGACAGCUGGAGCCCCUUCGAGGAGCAGCCCGAGCGGCCUGCCACGCUCAAGCGGUCCGCCAGCAAGAGCGAGCUCUCGCCGUUUGUCAACGAUCCGGCCAUCCUCCGCAAAUGGCGCUACAAACAGCCGCCGGACCCCGCGCUGCGCGCUGCAGACGUGGCCGCCAACGCGACCGCCGAAGCGGCCGCCGCCAAGCACCGCAAGACCCUCGACCAGCAGGCCUUCAGCGGUGCCGUUCCGGACCAGACCGCGUUCGCGUCCUCGGGCCUCGUCUCCAAGACAAAGUCCCACCUCAUGCCCCAGAAGAUCACCACCCCGGACACGCCCGUGAAAAAGUCGCCGUUGGCCAAAAACACCUCCGUCUCCUCCAUCAUGGACUCCCCGGUCCACUCCCACACAUCCAUAACGGUGCCCUUCGGCUCGUCCCAAGCGUCCCCCCUCGGUUCCGCGUCCUCGCGCUUCGAGUCCUCCAACAUAUCCAGCUCCUUCUUGCCCUCGGCCAAGACUAAGCGCGCCCACGCCUCCAAGAUGUUCAGCAACACCGUGCUCACCAGCACCCUCCAGCAGUUCACCGACGACCUCUACGGCAACGACGACGACGACUCCUUCCUCUCAGACUGUGUUCCGUCCACGGCCCCCACCAUCACCUUCUCCGCGGACCCCAGCAGUCCUUCGCGCACGCCCACCAAGGCCCCUUUCGCCAUCAAACAGCCGUCGCCGUUCAUGACCUCGCGGCCCAGGCGCUCCAUCAACGCCAAGAUCAGCCGCCCCACCUCGCCCUCCGUGAAGCAGUUCCAGACAAGCCCGGACUCCCACCUCUCGACCAAGUUCUUGAAUGUCGGGUCCAUUGGCAGUGGCCAGUUCUCUACCGUCUACCAGGUCACCUUUCAGCCGACCAACACCAAAUACGCGGUUAAGAGCAUGCGGCCCGACAAAUUCAAUACCACCGCGCGCAUACUCCAAGAGAUUGAAAUCCUCUCCACCAUCAGCGAGAGCAAGCUCGACGAGGAGGGCAAGGAGUACGUGCUCGACUUCAUCAGCUCCUGGAAGUACCAGGGCUACUUCUACGUGAUGACCGAGUACUGCGAGAACGGCGACCUAGACACCUUUCUGAAGAAACAGAUCAUAAACAAGAACUCGCGUCUCGAGGACUGGCGUAUAUGGAAGAUCAUCGUUGAGCUGAGCCUGGCGCUCCGCUUCGUGCAUGACUCCUGCCAGAUCGCCCAUCUAGACCUCAAACCCGCGAACGUGCUGAUCACCUUCGAGGGCAGCCUAAAGUUAGCCGACUUUGGCAUGGCCGCAAAGCUACCUGUCGGGCAAACAGAGCUCGAAAACGAGGGCGACCGCGAGUACAUCGCGCCCGAGAUCAUAUCCGACUGCAUCUAUGACUUCCGGGCGGACAUCUUUUCGCUCGGGCUCAUGAUCGUGGAGAUCGCUGCCAACGUCGUGCUGCCGUCUAACGGCAAUGCCUGGCACAAGCUCAGGUCUGGCGACCUUUCCGACGCUGGCAAGCUCAGCUCCACGGAAAUCCACUCGGACUCCCUGUUUUCUACGGGAAACACCAACACAGAACUCACAAACCUCGAAUCCUGCGAGGAGGUCAACAAGCUGGACUUUCUGGUCGACCACAGCAGCAGGAUCCCCGCCUGGGUACCGAAGUUCCUCAUCGACGGCGUUUCGCUGGAGCGGAUGGUACGACGCAUGAUAGACCCAAAUUACAAGAACAGGCCCACCGCCGAAGAGAUCCUGCACUCCGAGGAAUGCGAGUACGUGGAGAUGACAAGGAAGGCGGGGGCUAUUAUACAAGAAGACGAUUUCGGACCGAAACCGGAUUUUUCCACGUAG